AUGGUAUCAUCUUCGUUGGUAAAAGCAACCUUCUUGGUUCAUAACCAUCUUGGCCUCGACUUCAUGGAUGAACUCAACCUGUGGGAUCUCAACCAAUUUUGUGGUAACGUACGACGAUCACCGUCAGUUCAUCAAGUGACUAACCAGCAACAACCACUGAUCAAACAAUCCUAUCCAAAAGACUGCAACAACUCUCUCGGACGUUGCACGAAGACCAGAGCAACCCUACACCGUCAUCCGAAUCGAGGUAGACAACAACUCAAUUUGAAUCAUGUUUGUCAAUGUUCGUCAACAGAAGACACCUGCGCACAUCAAUGGAUUUGA